UGUCAUGUCACUUAUGUUUAUAUGAGAAAAAGCAUCUCGAAGAUAUAAUAGCGAUUUUGAUAAAUAAUGAUAAAUCUAGUUACAUAAACAAAUAUUUAGUCUUGUGUCUUGUGACAAUUAAAAAUGGAUUUCCAAAAUCGUCCAGGAGGAAAAACUGGCGGAGGUGGUGUAGCAUCAUGGUCUGAAAGCAAUAGAGACCGGCGGGAACGUCUACGUCAAUUGGCAUUGGAAACUAUAGAUUUAAACAAAGAUCCUUAUUUUAUGAAAAAUCACUUAGGUACAUACGAGUGUAAACUUUGCCUAACACUUCACAACAACGAAGGCAGUUAUCUAGCUCACACCCAAGGUAAGAAACAUCAAGCCAAUUUAGCACGCAGAGCUGCAAAAGAUGCGAAAGAUUCACCACAGCAGUUGGCCCCUGACAAACCAAGAGUUGAACCUAAAAAGUUUGUUAAAAUAGGUCGACCAGGUUACAGAGUAACUAAACAAAGAGAACCCGACUCAGGACAACAAAGUCUACUAUUCCAAAUUGAUUAUCCAGAAAUUAUCGACACAGUAACCCCUCGCCACAGAUUCAUGUCAGCUUAUGAGCAGAAAGUUGAACCCCCGGACCGUAAAUGGCAGUACUUACUGUUUGCUGCAGAACCUUACGAGACAAUAGCUUUCAAAGUGCCCAGCAGAGAAGUGGAAAAGUCUGAUGGCAAAUUCUGGACGCACUGGAACAAAGAUACGAAACAGUUUUUUAUGCAGUUUGCUUUUAAACAAGAGAAUAAGAUGCCAGGGAUGCCUAUGAAGGUUCCUCCGCCUCCUCAGCAUUUGCGGAUGUUGGCUAAUAUGGCACCGCCUCCACCGAUGCCUAAUGGAAUGUUUAGCGCUGUGCCACCUCCGCCACCACUUGGUGGAAUGUUGCCUGUGCCGCCUCCACCACCUAGAAUGUAAUAAUAAAAUAAUAAAAAUUGUAAGAGUAACUU